AUGCUCGUCGUAGGUCUGACCGGCGGCAUCGCAUCGGGCAAGUCGACGGUCACCUCGCUCCUCAAGUCCCACGCCGUCCCCGUCAUCGACCUCGACAUCCUCGCUCGCGUCGCUGUCGAACCCGAAUCGUACGCGCUCUCGGCGCUUGUGCGACACUUCGGAGACUCGAUUCUGCGACCAGACGGGACGCUCAACCGAGAAGCGCUCGGCUCGAUCGUCUUCAACAACGAGAAGGAACGCAAGGUCCUCAACUCGAUCGUUCAUCCGGCUGUUAGGCGGUUGCUGGCGUGGGAACUCGCAAAGGCGUGGCUCAGAGGCGAGAAGAUCUGCGUCGUCGACGCGCCGCUGCUCAUCGAGGCUGGACUGUGGAAGCUGUGCGGAGCGAUCGUCGUGGUCUAUUGCUCGGAGAUCCUGCAACUUCAGCGACUACGCUCACGCAACAACCUCUCCCUCGCCGACGCCCAAGCCCGCCUUUCCUCUCAACGCCCUCUCUCCGAGAAGCUCGACUACGCAGACUACGUGAUCGACAACUCGGGACCGAUCGGCGACCUCCAGAACCAAGUCGACUCGGUCGUCGCCAAGCUACACAAGCGGGCAGGGUGGAGUUGGGUCGUUAGCUGGCUCGUCCCGCCUGUUGGGAUCGUCAGGGCGGCGUUGCGUGUUGGAUGGAGGUUGUGGUUCCAGGGCGUCGGGAAGAAGAAGGGACGGAGUACGAGGGGGGAGAAGAAGGCCGAGGAGAUUGAGCUGCGCGACCGGCGGAGACGGAGCAGUGCAGCGUCGUAG